AGUAGAAGAAUCCCACUCUUGAAGCUAAUAACUCUUUAAGUCUUAAGUUCUAGUAAAGACAAACCUAACAAUAUCAUCGAAGUACUACAUACAUAGCCACACAAAAUUUUCUUCUUUCAUUCCAUCUCUUCUAACUAUAGUACUGGUACUAAUCAAUGUCACUUUCUCUAUCUUCUUCCAUCAUAUGUAAACCAUUUCUCAAUUCUCAAACCUCUCUAACUUCCACGUCUUUGCAACCUAAUAUUGGAUUUCAAACUCGAACUCGAACUCGAACCCGAGAUUUUACUUCCAAGUGUGAGCUGAAUGAACAAGAUUUUUCUGCAGAAGUACCAAAGAGAGAUGCAUCUAAGUUAAGCAUAGGUUCUCCAGUUAUCAUUACUGAAGCUCCACAAAUGAUUAAGACUGCUGCUUCUGUUCCUUGCCUUAGAGUUAAUGAUGGCUUGGUUAAUCCUGGUGAUGUUGGAAGGAUUGUUUCUAGAAAACCUAUGGACGUAUGGGCGGUUCGUCUCAGUAUUGGAACAUAUCUUGUAGAUAGGAAAUAUUUUAAACCUCUCGAGUUGGAUGAAUGAUGUUUUCUUUUCCUUUGUUUUGUCAUAUGUUUAUAUCUAUGUGACUAUGUUAUGUUAAGAUUGAGAUACUUAAGGUCUGAGAUACAGAACCUCUUUCCUAUUGCAAA